AUGGCUGGGAUUCGAACCCAUGACCCUCUGUUUCAAAGUCAGAAGAUUAAUCCACUGGGCCACAACGCUCCACGUGUUGUACCAAAAAGGGGUCACUUGGAAAAGUUGAAUGUGACGUCCCAGAAGCACCUUCUAGGUGAUGAGCCUCUUGUACAUCCAUCAGUCAGUAAAAGCAAAUCUUCAGGGGAUCUGAAAUCACACUCUUCAAUUGGUAAAGACUGCAUGGUUGGGGAGAGGUCAAGCAUAGGAGAUCAGGUGUCUAUUAAGAGAUCUAUUAUUGGACGGCAUUGUACCAUCGGAGAUAAGGUCAAGAUAAACAACUCUGUCAUCAUGGACCAUGUGACCAUCAAGGAAGGGUGUGUUAUACAAGGAAGCAUCUUGUGCCCUAAUGCCCACAUUCUCCAGAAUGUUGAUUUAAAGGACAGCAUAGUAGGAACAUCUCAGAACGUCGUGGAAGGUGCAUCCUACAAUGGGGAAGUGAUAGGAGAGGGUGACAUGAUGAUGGAGAUUUGAUGCAUCCCAUGGAAUUAGGGCUAUCUCCCACAAACCUCACAAGGCGGAACCCAAGACAACAUGAUGUGGGGUAGAAUGACCAUUUCAAAAGAAAUGAAACUGCAUGAUCAGCCUUUGCAAAAAAAAAAACUCCUUGAGAGAUUAGGCUACAUAACUCUCCCUGGAAGAUGUGCUCUCCAUCGUAAAUCAGGAUGCAUGGUCUAUGUAGGAUCACAGCCUAGGAAAGAUCAGGCUGCAUGAUCUGCUCUGGGGGAAAUACGCUUUACAAGAGGUUCUGCCAUGUAAGAUGUGCUCCUCACAAGAAAUCGUAAUGCAUGAUCGGUCUAGGAUCACAGCCCAGGAAAGGUCAGUUUGCAUGAUCUGCCUCUGGAGGAAAUUCACUUCUCAAAGAGAUUAGGCUACACUACUGUCCCUAGAAGAUGUUAUCUAGGAGGAAUGAGGCUACACCAUUUGCCUUUUUAGGAUUUAGUCAGUUCCUUUGGAGAGAUGAGAUCAGGCUGCAUGAUCUGCCUCUGGAGGAAAUUCACUUUGCAAAAGGUUCUGCCAUGUGAGAUGUGCUCUUUACAAGAAAUCAGGUUACAUGAUCUAUGUAGGCUCACAGCCAAGGAAGGGUCAGGCUGCAUGAUCUGCCUCUGAAGGAAUUACACUUCUCAAAGAGAUUAGGCUACACUACUGUCCCUAGAAGAUAAGCUCUAGUGGGAAUGAGGCUGCAUCAUUUGCCUUUUUAGGAUUUAGUCACUUCCUUGGAGAGAUGAGAUCAGGCUGCAUGAUCUGCCUCUGAAGGAAAUGCGUUCUAGGAGGGAUGGUUGUUCUUUUUCAGAUGUAAACAGUGUCUUAAGGCUGAAUGGUUUAUUUCUGUGAAUAAAUCAUGCUUCCCGCUAUUAGCCUGUAGCAUCUUUCUCUAUAGAUGUUCACCCUUGGGCCCUGUUUCACUAUCUGCCAUACAGUGGAAACUUACCCAAAAUCCUUGAAUCUGAUUGGUUGGAGGAGGAAGUUUCCAUGAUAUUAUUUUUUGUGACAAUGGGGCCCAAGAGAAAUUAAACUUUAAAAAAGCGAAAUUUGAGUUGAGGACGUUUUCCGGAAUUCCUUGACCUUCACAUGUUGGAAUAUGUACCUGAUAUUUUUGUUCCAGUACUAGAUUUCAAAUUGCUUUUUAAAUUCAAAAUCAUGAAUUCAUUGGUUUACCCAAUGAUUUAAUGCCCCAUCCCUUAUAAAUACCAUCUCCCAUCAACUGUGCAUAAGUCAAAUGCUUAAGCCCUUUGAAUUCAGUUCACCAAUGGCAAAAAAAAAAAAAAAAAAAAUCAAACACUUAACUCAUGAAGAGAAAAUCAUAAGCUUACCCUUGAAUAUUAAUGUUUGCUUGUUUUAGUAAUGGUUAUGUAUGACUGGCAUAGAAUGUUUGUUUUUCCUUUUCUUUCUGUCUUUCAUUACUGUUGAAUACACAGUCUUCUUUGAAUGUUCUGUUCACCUGUAGGCUGUUCAAGUCACUCGUUCAAGUAAAUAUGUGGAUAUAUGGAUAUCACUAGUGAGUUGGACACAGGCCCAUUUUUCAUUUAAUCCUUGCAUUAAGUUAAUGUUGGGCUUAGGUACCUUGUCUUUUGUGCAGGAAUCCCGCAAGCGGCCUUUCAUUACCAAUUGUCAUGCUUCAUCAUUGACAAAUGAUGGCAAAUGCAGGAAAGUUGCUGUGAAAAGAUGCAAAGCGCUUUUAUUCCUGCUAAAAGAUGCGGCACAGACUUUUGACAAGGUACCUUAGUAUUCUCACUGCAUAAGAAAUUUACUAUGUCCCAUUUCAUUAUGUACUUAACAUUUAGGUGCAGUAAACACAAUCCAAUAACCCUAAAGUCCUCUCUGGAAUACCUUUGAGAAGCUUUGUAAAUCCUAUUAAUGUAUAAUUUAACUGUGUUACAAAUUUACUAUAAUAUAGAUCUGCACCAUUCUGAGAAUUCUAUUCAUAUGUCUCUGCCUGAAAAAUAUUUGGCUUCAGUUUUAUUUAAUAUCUGUCUUGAAUUCUAACAAAAAUUUAAUAAAAUCCAUAUAGAAUUGGGUAUAUGUUAUGUACAAAUAAAACACAUAUCAGUAAAAUGUUCAUUUUUCAGAUUUAGUAUUGGUUUAGAGGUCAUUGUCUUGACACAUCAGAGGACAUUUUAUGAAGUAUUUUAUCAGUGAUGGGAAUCGCCAAAUAACAAGAUUAAGUUUAUAAAAUGUUAUUUAAACAAAAAUAUGCAUUACCUAUUUAAGAAUCAUGUUUAUUUUUUCAUUUCUUAUUAAGUUGGAUUUUAAAAAUUCUUUUUGUGUAUUGCUUAACAAUAUUAUGUCUUAUUAAAGUUCAAAUUAAACUAAGUAUGAAAUGUACACU